AUGCUACAAGCCGAAUUAAAUGCCUUCAUAGAUAAAUUAAAGAACAAACCAGAAAAACUCAAAUUGAGUAACACAGAUAAGAAAGUUUUACAAACAGAACUUAGUAAAUUAACGAAUAAAGGUGAUGAUUUUAGAAAAUGGAAAGUUGCCAACAAUUUUCAACCUCCUACAAAGAGUCUAUUCUACUUUGUACGCUCACUUGCACACGCUAAAUUAUGUGAUAAAGUUUCAAAUUUGUGCGAACGCUUUUCAGUUUUGUUAGAAGCUCAAAUUCAGGAGCAAUGGGAAAAGUCCCUUAAAGACAUCUUCUCGAAGACAUCAUUUUUCGCAAAACCAUUCAAAGAAAAACUCAUCACAAUGAAUCGUGAUGUUAUGCAGAUUGGAUUUAAACUUUUACGCGGUGAAAUCGAUAAAGAAACUGCAUCCUUUAUCAUUUCUCAAGAUCCAAAGUUUGAAAUUCAGGAUAUGGUUAUGUAUUGUGAUGUUGAUGAAAAGAAUUGGAUUUGCUCUCUCACAACAAAAACAAACGGAGAUUUGUCUCAUUACAUAACUGCCACAAUCAAGCAGCUCGUCGCAGAAAAGGAUUAUUGGCAUGUCGGAAAGGGAGAGAAGACAGGUUCACAAAACAAGAAAUAUAAGGUGUAA